UAAUACAUACAGAGAAAAACCCAACAAUCAUAUGACACCCCUUUGGCGACAGUGGGAAGGAAAAACUCCCUUUUAACAGGAAAAAAACCUCUAGCAGAACCAGGAUCGGUGAGGGGCAGGCAUCUGCAGCAACCGAUUGGGGAGAGAAAAGGAAGAUGGGACAAAAGACAUCCUGUGGAAGAGAGCCAGAGAUUAAUAACAAGUAUGUUAUUAAGAGGUCUAUUAAUACAUAGUGAGCAAAGAAGAAACACUUAGUGCAUCAUGGGAAUCCCCCAUCAGCCUAUACCUAUUGCAGUAUAACUGGAGAGAUAGAUAUAUACAUACACAAAAACAAUUAAAGCUCCCUUUCUUCCUCAUGCUCCUCUCCUCUUAGUCAGCUAUAGUUUUUUUCCCCCCUCUCUUGCCUGCUGAGGCAAAAAGUACUGCUGACCAGCCUGAUGAUGUCAUCCUCGUCCCUCAGUAACACACGGACACACACCCACAUUAGGAAGAGGAGGCUGUUUGUUGAGUGUAACUAGAGAGGAGGGCUGUUUCAGCACCAGCAGGAGAACUGCUACGAUUGAUACUGUACUUUUGAUCAUGUAAUCUCCAGAUUGGAUUCAUUUAAAUUAGAAGUAGAAAGUAAAUACUUAUAUUUGAUGAAAACCCUGCUUUAUUUGUCCAUAUUGAAGAUGGGCUUAACUCAUGUUACUUUAACUUGUUUAACUUUUUAACUUGUUUAACUUUAACUUACUUUAACAUGUUACUUUAACAUGUUACUUUAACUCAUGUUACUUUCAACAAAUACAUUUUCUGGAAUCAUUGCUGGAUCAUGUCACAACCUCUAAAUAUUAAUUUCUAACAUCAAAGGGAGGAGGACUUCUCUCCAGAGUAUAGCUAAUGAUUAGAAAUAAGUAAAAGUACCAUCUAAUUCUGUGAUUUGACUGAUUUUAUACUUUUUUUUUUUUUUUUUUUGUUCUAUUUCUUUGUAAAAGCCAAGGUAAAUCAUGCAGCUUUGGGGGAUUUAAUACUGGACAUUUGCAAACAAUAGAGGUCUUAAUUCUUAAUUUCAUUUUCUACUGCCAUUUAUCCACCCCUGACUCAUCGUUACUCUGCUCUGAGGAAACACUAGCUGCUCUGUUAAAAUGUGUCACUGUGACCUGUGCCUCGACUCACAGGUGUCUCUACAAUGUGUAAAGCUGGUGUGACUGAAACUUGACUUGUACUCUGUUGUGGACAUAGACAGCUUAGUAGUCAUUCUGGUUAUACUACUUGUGCAUGAAUUACGUUGCCUUUCACACAUGUAUAAUUGAUGCAUUGUAAUUUAAGCUCUCCAGGAACAAACCCGCACAGUCAUAAAAAACACCCUGCUUAUGAAAAAUGCUUAUGACAGAAAAUUUAAAAAGGAAAAUGAGACUGGGCAAAAGCAGUUCAACGAUUUUGUCGUAGUUAAUGUUGAAUAGUUUAUCCACUAGAGGGCAUUCGGUGGUAUUUCAAACAUCGCUACAACAACCAGCUGAUCAGAGCAGUAAAUGAGUAAUCCACGACUUGUUGUAUCAGUAACACAAGUUUAUUUUUAAACAUUGAAAAUCUCAUAUUAUCCCAGACGAACUACAGCUAACAAAUGUUGGGCAAAUCUCUUUGUGUUGUGUGCCUGGUUACAUCAGCUGGUAUAACCGGUAUUUUGACAUCUCCAAAUACUGGUAUCUCUAUCAGCCUUAGAAAUCCUGCAUCAGCUGGGCUCUGUUGAUGACUGCUAAAUAUUUGUCUUCAUUACUCACUCUUCUUGUAUUAAAUGUAAGACUUUGUGAAACUGACACUGUGGAAGCCGUUGUGGUGUAGCUAUAGUUUGGGAGUUUUGUGGUAUACAAUCUGUUAGCAUUGUUCUUUUCAGUGUAUACAGUACAAUGUGUGCACGUCGCAGUUUUAUUUAGCUUUUGAAAUAACUGUGUGGGACGUAGCUUGCGGUUUAUGAGCUGUGUGUAUGUUUGUCUGUGGCAUUUGAGCCACCUGUACUCGGCAGCCUCCUGCGGUGACACAACCUGAAAUGGCAUCAGGCCUCGGGGGAGACGAGAUGUGCUGCUCACUUCAUCUCUUUCUUCUCCUUCUCUCUUUCUAUUAGUAGAGCUAUUUGCAGCAUUUCUUUAUUUUUCAGAGCUUACACUGCUCCUCUUUUCACCUUUUCCCGUUUCCCUGGAUCCCAGUAUUACUAAAGGUUCUAUACAAAUAAAGUCUUAAAAGGCACAUUAUGCUUUUCCAUAUUUUUUGUCCAUUGUUGGCAUGGUGGAUGCUCAUAUUAAGUUGGCUGAAGUUUCAGCAUGUAUACAGGUUAUCCAUGUGAGCCAAAAGCUCAGGCUUCAGAGUUGUUGUUUUUUUUUUUUUGUUUUUUUUUAAAAUUUAUUUAUGUCUUCUCUACUUCUGGCUGUGAUAUUAUAGAGAGGGAUAUCCCUACUAUGGUCAUCUCAGGCAUGCAGCCACAGCUUUGAGAACAGCAGUCCCACCCACCUGCUGUUUAAUCUUUCAAUUUGUGAAACAGUGAAUCAUAAUCGGGUAAUGUAAAGGCAGAGGUACUGCACCAAGACGCAGUUUAAGAUAAAUACAUGGGAAAAAGCUGAACUGCCAGUCAUUCAAAGCUAAUUAACUGGAGUCGAAAUAUAAAACUGCGGCGAUGGAAAUGACCAGAACAGGUGCCCUAAACAAGGUUUCCACACUUGCUGCACAUCUAUAAGCCUCUUGGCAACCCACCUCCACCCCUCCUCCUCCUUUAUGCUGAUAUGACUGUUGUUUAAAGGCGUAUCUGUUGUUGUUGCCUACGCUGUUCAGUGCUGGGUUUUGCUGCUGUUUUCUGUUCUCUGGAAGUUUUUGUAAACACACAGUUUGGAGUGUUUCUGAACAAAAUAACCUGGCCUCUUUUGUAAUUCUGAGGGUGUUGUUAAUUGCCAAAUUACAACCCUGGAUGUUUUCAAAGUCACUACUGGCUGUAGUGAUCAGCCAAAGUCAUUUGUAACGGGUGUUCAGAUAGAAAUAACUGAUAGCUUAUUACAGGUGCCUCACACUGUCCUCUUCCUCCUCCUCACCCCUCCCAAAUGGAUUGUAAUAGCUUGUGAUGUGUGAGCGUGGUUUCGGCAGCUUUUGACUCAGUGCUUAAGUGGAGUGUGACAAACUGCUCUCUGCAUAGACCUUUCAUUCGUCAAGUCCCGUUUUCCAGGGCACAUGCUACCUCUCUCUUUAAUAGUUCUGUCUUACACUGGCAGCUGUACUUUAUGGACGAACCGGAAUUUUAACGUAAUUAUAUACAUCUUCAUAUUUAUUUAUUUUUUAAUCUAAAGCUGUAUAUCGGACUUUAUAAAUGAGACAAUGACAGCGUAUGUUUGUAUGCCUGUGUUGUGUUGAAGUGCUCAGUUUUUCAGUGUUGCCUCAGUGUCUGAUUUCAUGUGCUGAACCAAAGCGCAUAUAUGCAUCUCCUCCAGCUCUUGUUGUUCCGACCUCCAAGAGUACAGUCUGCCCUUGGAACCCUGUGUAUUUUGUGUUUGUGUGUCUGUCUCAGUGUAUUUUUUAUACAUUCUGUGUCCUGCCCUGAAAGCACAUGUCAGCCCUUCUGCGCUGAUAGAAAUUCGCUGCUUUAUUGAGGCUGAUUUAGUGCCUGUCAAGCCAGCUGUCCAAUGGGAAAUAAUUUUAAAAAAGUCCUUUAUUUUCAGCUCUUGUAGUAUUUACAUCCACUUUUGAAUUAGUUUGUAGCCUUCAGGGUGAAGCACGACUCUAAUUUUAACCCUGAAAAAAAGGAAAAUGUGUUCAAGUCGAUCAUUUAUCACGACAGCUGCACAGGAAGACACAUCUUCAGGACUGGAAAAGGCACUGUCAAUCAUGUAUAGUAGAAAUACAUUGAUACAUUUGUUUAAAAUGGAAAAAAGGCAGAGGUUGUUUUUCUUGUUUAUAUUCAUUUACAGUCUGUUCCUAAGGAAAAUAAAGAAUUUUUCCAAUAAAGAUAUGUGUGAUGAAAGGCACAUAUCUAUCUCUAAAUGAGCAUGAAAUCGGCCCUGCAAAUUUAUGAAACUCAAUUCUAGACAUAAAUGCCCCAAAUUGAUUGGACACUGAAGGUGGUGAAAGGUUCAGUUUCCAGCUGUAAACUACUUGAUAAGUUAAUUUGGUUGGCAUGUUUGUCCGAUGGUUAGUACUGUCACUUCACUGCAAAAUGAUUCCUAGUUCAAAGCUGGGGCUUUUCUGGCAGGAGGUUGCGUGCUGUGAAUCUGCUCUACUACUCCUUUUAAUACUCGUAACAAAACAGGGGGAAAAAAAAAAAAAAGACUCCCAAAUUCCCAAUUUAACAUAAAAGUUGGCAUAGCAACCAAUACAACCUGGUACAGGCUGCAGAACAGCGAAUCGCAGCACAGCAGGAAAGCCCAAAUGUCGGCUGAAAAUUCCCCCCCCCCCCAGUAUAUACAGAUUCUACUUCACAUGAGCCUUUAUAGAAAGCUGUCGCAUGUUCCAUCCAAUAUUAUGUUUGAUUAGGAGCGCCAAUGCGGGUCAUUUUGACUUGUUAGGUAGAUUCAUAACGUAUGUGUGUUGAUGUUACAUUGUUCGGCACAAUGCCAGCUGAUGAUAGCUGAAAGUGAAAGAAAGGAUUUUAGCUGUGCCGAAGCAGGCCAGGACACUGAAUAAAGAAAUGAAGAACUUUGCGUGGUCGCUGCGAAUGUUUGCCUCCUGUGACAACAGAGAUGGAAAUAUUCGACUAUCCUUAUUCCACUUCCGCCAUACAUCACUACAUCUGGCUGCUCACUCCCUUUAGUCUAUUUAUUUAGGAGAGUGACAGAGCAGAGUUGGGUGGGUGGGUAUAUGGUGAGAGAGGGAGUGUGUGGAUGGUCACAGCGAUAAAGUAGAGAGGGAGGGGAGGGGUAGAUGAAAGAAGGGGUGAUCAAGUGAGAGACAAAAGGUAUGAGAGAGAUGUAGCAGAAGCGGCGAGGGGAAGGAGAGCGACAGAUGUAAAGGAUACCUCCCUUCAUGCCCCAGCCCCCGCUUGCAACCUCCUGAGUUGAGCCGCUGUGAACUGCUGGAUCCCGCCGUGUGGAUUUCUCCACAGCAGCGUCUUCCACAGGAGCGCAGGAGUGGGCUGUGCAGGAGCCUGUUGCCUGGAUACCUCUGCUGUCGCCACGGCGGCGAAAAGCCAAGACCGAAGCGUGCGCGUAUUUGCUGGCUGGUGCCGCUGCCAUGGGAAAAACACAGCUGGCUGACUGUUUAGACGGUUCCCUCGCUUGCAGACUUGCUGGCUGACUUGCUGUCGUCGCAUGUACGCAUAAGGAAAGAAUCACCCUGAGAAGGGGGCUUUAAAGAGAAGGGGGAGGGGGGUGGCUGGCACCCUGCUUUGCAUGAUGAAGAGAGCUGUUUGGUAGCAGGGAUAUUACUUUGGCAAAAUUGAAGCAACUGCAACAAGAGCCGGAAAGGGCUGGUAGGGGAGAAGUCACGCUUGGGGCUGGCUGAGUUACUUAAGCAGGAAGGCUGUGGGCAGCUAUGCAGAUCCAGUCUUCUGGUCCACAGUCCAAAGCCUCCAGCUUCAUCCUCAGUCAGAGAUGUGUACUGGCCUCCAAAAUGGAACUCCACCGUGAACAGAGCAUCUGCCAGGCGCGAGCUGCUGUCAUGGUGUAUGACGAUGCCAAUAAGAAGUGGGUCCCAGCCGGUGGCUCUACAGGCUUCAGCAGAGUCCACAUUUACCACCACACGGGCAACAACGCCUUCCGUGUAGUGGGACGCAAGAUCCAAGAUCAUCAGGUGGUGAUAAACUGUGCCAUUCCCAAGGGGCUGAAGUACAACCAGGCCACACAGACCUUCCACCAGUGGCGUGAUGCCCGACAAGUCUACGGCCUCAACUUUGGUAGCAAGGAGGAUGCAAACGUAUUUGCCAGUGCCAUGAUGCAUGCACUGGAGGUGCUUAAUUCGCAGGACACAGGUCCUACGUUGCCCAGACAGGGCCCCCAGGUUCAGAAUGGUCCCACACCAGAGGAGAUGGACCUGCAGAGGAGGCAGCUUCAGGAGGCACAGAAACAGAAGGAGAUGGAGAGGGAGCGCCAGGAGCGAGAACGUCAGGAGAGAGAGCGUCAGGAGCGGGAGCGCCAAGAGAGGGAGCGCCUGGAGCGAGAGAUGCUGGAGCGUCAGGAGCGCGAACGUCAGGAACGGGAGCAUCAGGAGAGGGAGGCGCAGGCAGAGAAAGAGCGACUUGAGCGGGAGCGCCAGGAGCAGCAGGAGCGUGCCGAGCGUGAACUGAUGGAGAGGGAGAAGGUGGAGAGAGAGCGGCUGGAGAAGGAGCAGCAGGAGCAGUUGGAUAGAGAGCAGCAGGACUGGGAGAGAGGGAGACGCAUCUCCAACGCUGCUUUCGAAAGCACAUUGUGCACCCCCACACCUCAGGAGUACGGCAGGACCCCCUCCACGCCCAUAUCUCCAUCCACGCCCACUUACCCAUCUCCUGGGACCCAGUCGCCAUCCUCCACUACAACACCCCCAACCCCCCCACUCAGGCACUCAGCCUCCCGAUUUGCCACCUCACUCGGUUCUGCCUUCCAUCCUGUCCUGCCUCACUACGCCACAGUUCCACGGCGACAGCAGGCAUUUCCCCAAGCCCCACCGCCUGCCCCUGCUCCUGCCCCUGCUCCAACUCCUCCUCCACCCAAGUCUGUGGUGUGGUCAGCGUGCAAUUUUACUCCAUUGCCUCCCUCACCUCCGGUCAUGAUAAGCAGCCCCCCAGGGAAGGCCACCGGUCCAAGGCCACUGAUCCCGAUUGCCGCACCAUCCCCUCUCACCCAAAAGCCUCCCUCGCCAUCCCCCAAUGGGCCACCCAUGUUUCCCGCACCUUCUCCUGUGACCAUCCCACACGGCCACACCCCCCUCAGUAUUACUUGCCCAACACCACCUCCCCCGCCUACCCCACCCCCUCUCCCUUCGCCCAUAGCUCCCCCUCCGUCUUCCUCCUCAGUCUCGUCUCCCCCCUCCUCAUCCCAGGCUCCUGGUGUGCCCUCUCCCUCCACAGCGCCCCCUGCUGCUGCAGCUGCUGCUGCCACCUCUGCCUCUGCUGAACACCUCUGUUGGGGCCUGGGUCUGUCGGGGCCAGGGGAGCUGGACACAGCCGCAGGCUCAGAGCCCCAAUCGGCUCAGGGGGAUUCCUCCUGUCAGCCCCAGCCCCAGGACGUGGGACAGACUCCAGGGCUGACCACCCCCACCCCUCCCCCACCUCCACCCCUGCCACCCGGCUCCACUGUGACCUCUGCGGCUGCUACCCCGGCCGUCACCCCCACCACCCCCGGCGGCCACCCUCCACCCCCGCCACCUCCUCCACUCCCUCCGACACUGACUCCAGGCGGGACGCCACCUCCUCCGCCGGGUCCCCCUCCCCCUCCCGGAGCUCCACCACCACCCCCAGCACCACCUCUUCCCACUGGACUGUUCUCUCCUGCAGAGGACCGCCCUCUCUCAGGCCUGGCUGCUGCCCUCGCUGGAGCCAAGCUGCGCAAAGUGCCAAGGAGUGAUGAUGCAGGGGCAGCUCUGGCAGCAGCCAUGAUGGGGGCCACAGGGGCUAAAUCGGAGACAAGAGGUAACGGGCCACUUCCUGGAGGAGGGGGGCUUAUGGAGGAGAUGAGCGCCCUAUUGGCCAGGAGGAGAAGAAUUGCGGAGAAGGGCUCGUCACCUGAACCUGACCAGAGAUCAGAGGAGGGUGAGAUAAAUACGACCCCUAAAGUGUCAGCUUGUAGCACACCAGACAUGCCCAGGAAGCCAUGGGAAAGAACAAACACCAUGAAUGGUAGCAAAUCUCCAGUUAUUGGAAGACGAGAGUCUCCGUGGAGAAAUCCCAUGGGAGCAGAUUCCUCCAACAGACCUAAAUCCACUCCUACACCUACUGCAUCCUUAAGUGCCAAUGGUGUGCCAACAGAAGCUGUUGACUAUGAUAGAUUGAAACAGGACAUUCUUGAUGAGAUGAGGAAGGAGCUGUCAAAACUAAAAGAAGAGCUCAUUGAUGCAAUCCGGGAGGAGCUGGGUAGGUCCAGCACAGCAUAGAGGAAUCUGACUUCCCCGUUCAGAAACACCCACAAGAACCGACAGACAACCCCGGUCAACUUAAAGACAUGACAAUAUAACAAUGGAAAACAACAAAAAACGGUGGCGAUUACGACAAAAAUCAUUUUACCACACAGAGAGGACAUUAUCUGGUGCGGAGCAGUGUCAGACAGGCUGGUGGUGGUAGGAGAUUUGUAGCCUUUGAUAGCUGUGACUCACAGAAUCCAUUCUGCAAAGCCUCGUAUUCCCACUGCCCCAUCUCACAACCCCCUCUCUCCCCUCGCCUUCCUGCUGAGGGCAUCCUGGAGGACAGAGGAGCGAAAGUCUUUAUGCAAAGAUGGCUCCUCUGUUUGUCCUCCUAUAAGAAGAAAAUAAAUCCAAUAGUGAACUCUUCUGUGAUACUGUAUUAACCACAAGUUGCUCACUGUCAAAAGUUUUAUCAAGAGUGUGCAGAGAGCCGAAGGAUGGAAACUUAAAAACUUUUCUCCCAUAAUGCCAUAGGGGUAGCGUGUGUUUGCGUAUGAAGGACUGACAGUCUCUGGUGGAGGCUAACACUGCAGGACACUGUAAAGCUCGUCUUCCUCAAAUACUAUUUUAACCUGAACAUAUACAAAAGAGAGAAAAAGUUAGACAAAACAAAUAAAAUCUCUCCACCAACGUCUGUUUCAGUGUGGAUCUACGGCCAUAUGAGUAGCUCAAUAAUCCAGUCUUUAUACAGGAUGCUCCCUGGCCCGUCUCUUCAUCUGUGAAGUCAUCAUCAGAGGCACCGUUUCCCUCCCAAAGCGAGCGUUUUUGUCACUUUUCUGUCGUCGAGCGGCAGGUGGAUGAGACACUGAGGGGUGUAGCUGCCUGUAGCUCUCUACCAAACAUUACCUGUUGAACAGAAGUGCUGAUUCACCUGCCAUGCGCCUCGACCAGACGUAUAGAUAGGUGUUCCCCUUCCCUUGAUUUAACGAGUCUCUAUCAUCCAUCCUUCUCAGUCUGUUGUGGGGUUUUUUUGUUUUAGCAUGUUUGUUUUCUUAGUACGGCGAAGGUCACAGGUCUGCCACGAAUUUGCAUUACCCGUCACAAGUUUUAAUACAAGCAAUAAGUGUAGCAUCUAUUUUUACAGCCCUGCUCCUAAACGCCACCAAACAUUUCAGUGUUUCCUUUUUUUUCUUUUUUUCUUUUUUUUUUUGCGGGGGGGCCCUUCUGGGCCCCUGUUGGAUGUUACUGUGUCACCACCACCUUUCUGUAAAGCUGAAAGCUGAUGUGAUUGAAUAACAGCGCAACACUGUAAGACAUCAUUUCAUGGAAUUCAUUUCUAUAUCACAGCACACUCAGAAUUUUUCUUCUAUAAAUCCUAGGAUACUGUAUCUGUAGCCACAUUGGAGGUGAACUUUAUUAUUAGUUUUGUUUUUUUGUUGGGUUUUUUUGGAGGGGGGAUGUUCUGUUUUCAUUUUAAAACAUUUAUAAAAUUAAACUUUUUUUCAAAAGGUGCACCGGACAACCCAAAAAUCUAAGAGAUUGUGUCCAUGCAAGGACAUGAAUGUGCCAUUCAUUCUUUCACCAGUGCUUACAGUGUCAUUUUUUUUUCUUUGCCUUUUUCUCCUGCUGCUGUCAAAUCCUUAAAAUGACAAACUGUAUUUACCCCUAUCAUGCUAUGAUAUAAGAUAGAACUGUCACUUUCAGCAUGUCUUUAUCUUCAGUGCUUAAAGUACAAUCAGUAUAAGAGAGAGAUGUUUGGAGCUGAGAGACCGAUGUCCCAACAAAGCUUCAAGAUACAACGCAACAGGUCGAGGCAAUGGAUGAAAGUCUGUGGUAUGGUUCUGUACUCUUGUUGUCUGAAUGAGAUCCUGAAGAGUGGCCAUUUCCAAAACGUAAUCGAGUUUCUUGGCUAGCUAACAGCCACAGUGUGCUCUGCAAGAGCCGAUUUAAGCAUUCAAGAGGGGGUGACGUUUUAACGUGAGCGUCUUUAGUGUAUAUUGCAAGCAUCAGACUGGGAUCUUAAAAAGCAGCAGCAUACCAUCUCCACAGGUCACUCCUAAGCAGCAAUCCCACACACAUUUCAGGUUUCGUCUCUCUGGACUCCAACUCUCACUUGUGACAUUUUGUGUUGCCCACACAAUCUUGGAUGCAGUGUGUCGCUUGCGAUGUUUAGAUUACAUUCUAAAAACGCCUGAGCAAACAAGCUUGUUCAGCCUGUAAUUUAACAUCAAAUGGAAAAGCUGAUAAUUGCACUGAGUAAUCACUAUUUCACUUAAAAGUUAGUGACAGCUAAUGCUAGCUCCCUUGGGCACCUGUCACGUUUCCAACAUUCUCACCCGUUUUUCACUUUGAAUAGGGGUAACAUCAAGUGCUCAUCUGGCUUGGUGAUUCUUUGCUAGUUGUGUGCUGUUGAGAGGGCUGCUAAAACUUGUUAGCACCUGCCAGCCAUAUUGUGCACAUGUUUCAGUGCUGCUGGUAGCAAGCAAAAUGAUGUAAAUAUCCCAAAAGAGCAGCAGACCAGUGAAACAUGCCGUUUGGGAUCAAAGUGAAGCAAUUACUCAUUUCUGUAGAAGUUGGUGACAGGCGGCUAACUUGGAUAACGCUAACUGCUAACUCCAUUAGCCUCAGUGAGGCAGUAUUCGUAUGUGGGAGAUUGCUUUAGUGCCAGACAGUGGCUUUUCGUGUCCUUUGGGGACAUAUCUUUGCAGACACUACCGUCAUAUUGACAACAACUAUUCACUCACAAGGCAGGCUAAUGCAGCUUAACUAAACUAAACUAGCUAUCUGUGUGCAACUUUGCAAAUAUGCAGAUUGCACAAGCAACUCUUUUUUUUUUUUCAUGACGGUUUCAUUGCCUCGCAGGUGAUGUCAUUAGCUUGCACUUGAAAAAUUAAGUGCGAGUGAAGCCUCAAGUUUCGAUGAACCAGCUACCUGCAUGAUGAAUCUAAAGGGCACACUUCCAACAUUGUAAUGCCAGAUUUGCUUUGUAGUGCAGGCUGAGAUGACCAUGAGGACCUGAUUAUGAAUUCAUGAGGAAGAAUUUUGAAAUUCCUACCAGACCAAAGAAACCAUUACACCAUCGUCAAAAUUCUAAUGGCACGUCUAUAAACUGUGUGUAAAAUAUGUGGCCAUGCCCCCUUUAGAAGAAUCUUUGGGUUAACUGGCUAAUUUGUUGUUGUUGUUGUUGUUAUCACCACAGUUUUUAUACUACUUAACCCAACAGAUGGCUUGAUAAUCAUGUCUUUCAGUGGAUGUUGGCGCCUCUGGUGGAUCUCAUUCUACACAACUGUUUAAGGGCUUUGAUGUUAUAGCUUUGCUACAUAAGAUCAGGCAUCACACAUUGAGAAAUGUCAUUUUCCCUUUCAGUUACAGUCAUCAGUUUGAGAUUGGUUCAAAAAUACUGUGAACACAAUAUGAAAGCAGUUUCAGUUCAUGUGUGGAUAUGGUGUGAUCCAUGGAGGAAUGUUUUUUUUUUCGAGACAGUUUAGGUUUAUCCACUUAAAAAAAGGCUGUUUCAUCAACUCAUUCACCAAGAGUGUUUACACAGCAUCGAUUGCACUUUAAGACAAAAAAAACCCACACACACAAACAAAGCAAUCCACCGUGACAGCUGUCGCUCAGAGCCUCUGUCACCAACAUUGUGGCUCUCUCACCAAAGGAUUUUAACCCUGACGGUCUCCUGCUAAACAUGAUCAAUCUCAGAAAAGUCGCCUUUUUAUUUUAGGUUUUAAUGAUUUUGUCAAAAGCAGAAACAUGUCACAAUGGAAGUGGAAAUGUUUUGAUCAAGAAAAGUUUCUCUUUUGUGGAGCUGUGUAGUUUGUGCCUUGUUCCGAAGUUGCAUUUAAUAUGUCAAAGAUUUAAAGUUGACUAGUAAUAAUAUCUAUGGGACUGUCAUUAUGAUCAUCUGCAGUUUCUUUCUUUGUUCAUCAUGGUCAAGUUGAUUUUAAAGGGAGAGUUUCAUUCACUUUGGUACUGUUCCCUCCAAGAAAACAAAGUGUUUUUCUGUUUGCUUUCAACAUAACUCAUGACUUCUUUCCAUGCAGCUGUGAAGCUGCUUCUCUUACAGCUCAGAAGUACAAUCAAACUUUGAUACACAAGGCCUACGAGGGUUCAAAGAUGAUCUUCAGUGUGUGUGAUUUCGUUUUUUGUAAACCUGAAGCCCUGUUUGGAAGUCCCAAUGAGUCUGGCUGCAGUGUUCUGUGUUCCCUCAUGCCAUUUUAAAUGUCACAGAAACUCUUUGUGUUCAGCAGCUUAGCUUUCUUUACAUGCUUGGAAAUCUCUGAUUGGGGGGGGGAAAAAAACGUUUUGGUUUUGGCUGUGAGGUCUGCUCAAUGAUGGAAAUACUUUGUAAAUCCAGCUGAGGGAAUGGAAGUUGCGAAUUUGCGGGAAUAAUGGCAGAGAUGACUGGCUGAAGUAAGUUUUGUAGAGGGGUUUCCAGACGUAUUCUUUUAUCACCUGAAAUGUACCAUACUGUUCUCAUGUCUAGUCUUUUCUUACAUGCUAACAUAUUGUUUUUGUUUGAGCAAAUGAAAUAAAAAUUGCAAUACAA